AUAAAACACAUCGGUAUAUCUGGACAAAUGAAAAAAAAUAAAAAAAGAUUCUACAUUUCAUAUAAGAUGAGAUACAAGAAACAUAAAAGAUCAUAAUAAAUAAGACGAACGUAGAUGACGCGUUCGAAGGUGUGAAUUAUGGCUUGGAUCCAUCCAUUCUAACUCAUUUCAAAAUAUUUUUUUUCUCGUUAUAUGGAAAUACUGUCAAUACCAUUCUAAAAAACUUAUAACAUAUAACAGAGUGAUUUUGUUGUGCUGCGAUACUCGUGGAAAUGGCAGUCAUUGGUGGCGUUGUAAAGAAGGAUUUCUUGAAGGAAUUCUGAAGUGAAAUUUAAUUGAUACUUAUUAAUUAAGGAUUGAAUCAAGGGUGUCAUUUUUAGUGGCUAGGAAGAAAAGGCCCCAGCAAUGGCUUCCGGGGGAGGCCCAGAGUGGAAGGAAUGGAUUCCCCUGACUCCGCUCCUAGACCAACUCCCGCAGCAAUUCCAGCGGGGGUUGGCAACAUCAGACCUUCAGCUCACUUGCCUGGCCUCCUUGCCACAGCAUCUUGUGUUGGGGACCAAUGUAGGACUGGUGUAUUUGGCUCAUCUUCCUUCUCUCAAUCUAAUGAGGCUGAAGUGUGAGAAUCCAUUAUCACCAAUAUCAAGUGUCAGUGGAGUUAGUACUGUGGAUGACAUGAUUGCAGCAGGAGCUCUCGAUGGCACGAUUACCAUUUUCCAAUUACCAAGAGUGGCAAAUGUGCAGGGUAUUAACCCAUCAAAUGCUGGCAUUCUUGGUUCAAGGGGAAUACCUGCAGUGCAGCCAACUGUGAAACGCUUUACCGUUGGAAGUAUCCACAGUUCAAGAGUAACGAGCUUGACAUGGAGCAGAAAUGGCAUGCGACUGUUUUCUGGCGAUACACAUGGUGUUGUGUCAGUGAUUGACAUUAAUUACCAAACAAAUGAGUGUACUGCCCGGGAAUUAUUGAAAGAAGAAAGUAGUAUCACUCAAUUGUCAUACUCCUAUCAGCAGUUAGCUGUAUCCACCCUAGAGAGAGCCCUGAUUUAUAAUGUAACACAAGGAAGUGUGCAGCAGGUAGGCAUGAAGCCCAGAAAACAUCCAGGCUUGUUUGGAUGUGUGUGGUCUCCUACAGUCUCAAGUGCAGACUCUGUUCUUUAUACAUCAAGACCUGGUUUACGUCUUUGGUCAGCCAAUAGUCAUGGUGAAGUCAUGCAUACACACAUAAUUAAGGAAUUGCCUGAUGUGGCUCAGAUGCAGCUUUUAAACCCUAGCCUGGAAAAGCCUAGGGAAGGCGAACGAUUUUCCUUUGGUAUAUUGUUCACACUUGGAACAUCUCACAUUGUUACUUAUAAUCCAAACUGGUUGUUUGUGAUAGACAUCAAUAAUUUAAAAGUAUCAAGCUACAGUGGACAAUUCAGACACAUAAGUGGAGUUGCUGUGUCUGAAAAGGAAAUAUUUGUAUUAGAAGGAUCAAGAAAUAUCAGCUGUAUCAGCAUUGAGAAACCUAAUAUAGGUGAGAAAGGGAAACCAUUAAAUCAAAAAGCUUCUCUUUUUCCUGAUACCCAAAACCUUUUGGGUAUUAAGUCAAAAAUCAUGACACAAGGUUCAGGCUUUCUUGACCAAAUUGCUCGCAUGAGCAGCAGCGUUGCUGCAAAAGUUCAGGAACAUGCCACACCGACAAUUGUGACAGGCCAAAAUGGCAAGUGGCCAGCAUCACAAGAUAGUCCUCAGCUAGAUCCAGUUCAGCAGAGGCCUACUUCUCUUAAAACUCAGCAGAACAAUUUUUCCUCCUCCUCCUUGAACAUUGGCCCCAGCAGGCAGGAGCUUGGCCAUCAGAGGUCUUCCUCAUCUGGAAUGAUACAGGACCCACAGCAGCGGUCCUACUCCCCAAGUCUGAUACCUCCCAGGAUGGUUCAGUCGGUCAGCAGUUUCUUCCCUUCCCUUAUCUCUUCCCAGUCCUUGGUCAAGACUUUUGGGAAAACUCCUCCACUGACUGAUGUACAUGUGCCGGGAGAGUGUGAAGUUAUUGGGGAUUUGGAGGAGAUUGUCACGAGUUAUCAGAUUGUUGCUCAAGAGGGAGCAGAUGCUGAGCCCUUAGUUAUGAGAGACAAGUCAAAGAAAAAAACCAAGAGAAGAUAUGAUGCAACACCAUCACCAGAUACCAUGAGCAUUAACAGCUACAGAUCCACACUGUCAGAUGUGAGUGAUGCUACUAGCAGUGAGCUUCCUUCCAGUCCUUCAACGGCUCUUUCUCACAGCUCUGUCUCACCGUCUCAUCGUGCAACCCCACAGGAUUUGUCCACCACACUCACUGAGUGCAGCAACUUACAGGCAGUGGAAGAUAAUGGUGGAGUAGAAGUUGAUGGUGGCAGUAGGGAGUGUAGAGAAGCUAAAGAUCACACUCAGAUUUUGGAAAAUGAGCAGGAACUUGGUGCAAAAGGAAGCAAUGACAGAGGAGAGAGCAACAGUCGUGAUACAGACUUAGAUUUAAAGAGUGUAGAUAACAGAACAUAUGAAGAUUUCAAAUCUAACAUAGAACAAAAGGAAAGUUUGUUAGCAGAGAUUCUUAAUCUUGGGUGCCUGAAGAUGGACCAUGAAAGUACAAACAAAGGGGAAAAGAAACUGUUUGAGACUGAGAGUCGCCAUGGGAUUGACAGGGAGCUUAGCUUUGAAAGUGGAGGAUGCUCAACCCCAAGCACUGUGAAGGAACAAUCCCCGGUACCGGACGGACCAGUGUAUGAGGAUUUUUUUGCUCAGUUCUAUUCAGAAAAUAGUUUUAGUUCCUUUGAGAGUGGACCAGACUCAUCUAGUCAGAAAGUACGUGAUUCCAAUGUAGAAAACAAUUUUGAUGGAAAUUCACUAGGCAGCAAUGAUGGAGGAGAGAGAAUUGAGAGUAACACCAGUGAGGAUCGGCUGAGUUGUCUGAGCUAUGGUCCUCCAUCAGGGAGUAGUCAUGUGUCUCUUCCUGGAAAUAGGUUCCAUACUGAAAGCCAAGAAAAUGGCACAAAUGAACCUAGAACUAUGAUAACAGUGACAGACUCAUCAGAAGUGGCAGAUAUAAGUUGGUCAUACUCAACAGUGGAAUUUCAAGAUAAUCAUGAGUAUGAAAAUGAGGAAAUGACAGGUGGUUGGAUAAAACAGAAAAUUCCAAGCAGUGUGUUCAGUUUGAGUGUCUCUGAGAAUACAAUAACUUUCCUGGAUGAUUGUGGUUGUUUGUACUUUAAAAAUGUCAGUAAUGAUUCGAGCAGUCAGGCUUGGAGAAAGGUAAAGUUGACUGCUAAAGUAACAGAUAUAUCGCUCUCUCCAAAUAAUUCAGUUCUUUGGAUACGUUCUGAUGGCCAUGCAUAUGCUGUUGGAUCUCCAGCCCUAGAAGUGGUUUCGCCUGCAAAGAUGUCAUUAGCUGCUCGUAAUGUGAAGCAGAUGAGCAUUGAUGAUGAAUUGGCUUGGUACAUACACGAGGAAGGACAGGUUUGUGUGCAGCUGGGAUUGAGCAGCCGAAGUCCAUGUGGAGUCGAAUACACCAUAUCAUGUAAGGAUUUCCAGCUGGUGAAGGUGGUUUGUCAUGCAAGAGUGGUAUGGGGCCUGACUGACAGAGGACAAGUAGCUUUCAGAAUAGGAGUGAGUACCCAGUCCCCAAUGGGGCAUGAAUGGGGCCUGAUGAAGAGCCAAGGAGUGAAGGUCAAGGAUCUUGCUCUGGGACCUGGGAAUUGGGGCUGGAUUGUAGACACACAGGGCAGGAUUUAUUUCCGGCCUGGUGUCUGUGCCGAAAAUCCUCAGGGAAGGGAUGCAAAGUGGUGGCAGGUUGCUACAAGUGACUACAUGAUGGAACAAACCAGUGAACUAGGAUCUGCUAUGAUAAGUUUGUCAUCAAAAGGAAUCUAUUUAGCAGAGAGAGGGAAGAACUAUGUGUACAGCCAUAGUACAGAUGUGAAAGGCCAUGUUUGGAAUGUAUUUAGUAAAGAAGUUUGGUCAACUGUAUGUGCAGAAGGUGUUUACAUGGAUCAGGGUGCCAUCUGCUGCCUGUCACCAAAGGGUCAGCUCUUCAUUGUCAACCCCAACACUUCUAAUUAUGUGCCUCUAGAUGUGGCAGACACUGAAUGUGUAGUCAGUGUAGCACAACGACCAGAAGCUAUAUGGGUCCUGACUGCUGCUGGGGAUAUCUUCAUCAGAGUUGGACUUUCUGCAAAUUCUCUUCAUGGCUCCCACUGGGAACAGCUGGAUUUGCAUCAGAUUGUAUUACUCUUUAACUGUAGAUCUAUUGAUGGGAUAUACAUCUAUGCCACCUAUCCUGUGGGACAGAAGUGGUCUGGGGUGUUGAUACUCGUGGAGGAGUGUACAUGCGACAAGGGACCCUUAACACCUCCCCCAGUUGAAUCCCUCCCACCAGCCUGGAUACAAGUAGAUCCAACUCCUCUCAAAGGGAAUGCAGUGUUCACAAAGGUUUAUGUUGGGACAAAAUUACACAUGGUUUGGGCAUUAGAUUCAAGUCGCCGUGUUUAUGUACGAGAGGCUAUCUUCCCCGAGUUACCCAUUGGCCUUUCUUGGGUGCCUGUUAUGGGUCUCCUAGCUCUUCAUCUGUCCAUCAGUGAGAACGACGUGUAUGCUCUGACCCCCAAUGGCGAGAUUUUCAGGAGAAUUGGAGUCACAGAAACUAACUACAUUGGAGACGUGUGGGAGAAGGUACCUGGGAAUCUUGCAAAGAUAUCAGUAACAACAGAUGACCGUCUCUGGGGUCUCAACAGCAGUGGGUAUCUCUGUCAACAUGAAAUGCUCACUGUAACUGAAAUGUGUCAGAAAGCAGCUUCAAGAAGUCGGGAUGUGUCAUUAGGCUCGGAAACAGAGGCUGAAGACUGGGAAAUGAUAUAACAGUUACCAAAUUUUAAAACUUGUGAUAAAUAGUUGGUAGUAUUUUUCUCUAGUGUAAAAUACUGCAAGUACAUGAUUAAACCCUCCUCUUAUAUAGUGGUACUUUUUUGUGACUGUGCUACAGUAGUAAUCUUGCAGUUUAUCAUUUUCCUAGAGUAUUAAAUGAUAUGCAAGGUUAUUUGUAUCUGGAGAAUUGCAUAUAGGAAUGAUUUUCUAUGAAAACUCUCCCAUAUAGAAGAGAAAAAAAGUCUUAGUUACAUAGUCUUCAUAAAAAUUGUAUUUAUUUUAUAUAUAUACUAUAUCUGUGUGGUUGUUCAUUUGUUAUAUGAAAUAUAGUUUACUGUAUAUAAUUAUAUUAUAAAACAAAGGUCAUUGUUAAACAACAGGUGUGUGGAGAGUUAUCUUGCUUAUAGAUCCAGCAUGGCAGUGGAAAAAAUUUGGCAUGUCAUGGAUUAAGAAUAUAAAGAACGAGAGAGGAAAUGUGACACAAUCUUUAGAUGCGAUUUAUUUCAAUCAAAUAGCUAUUAAAGAUAAUAUCUGUCAGAUAGCCAUAUAAAAAAAAAAAUGAAAGUUCAUAUA